GCGCCAACCGUCCUAUUAUCCUGCCCCGCGCCGUCGCCUGCGCGCGCGCAGUCGCGCCGCAGCUGCCCACAGGAUCUCACACGAGUACUAGGACGGACCACAAGCCAAGAUGACGGUGAAGAAACGUCCGUCAGACCUGAACAGCCUGGAGAGGUUCAACCUGUACUACAAGACUAAGGAGCCCACGCUGACCGCCGGGCAGAAGGUCAAGCGGUUCAUCUGGAACCCCAAGACGAGGCAGUUCUGCGGCAGGACUGGGAGCAGUUGGUCCAAGAUAGCCCUAUUCUACUUCAUCUUCUACUCCGCCCUGGCCAUCCUGGUGGCCAUCUGCAUGUGGACCUUCCUCCAGCUCUUGGACGCAAGGCAGCCCAUGUGGCAGCUCGAGAAGAGCAUCAUCGGAACCAACCCAGGGCUUGGCUUCAGGCCCACACCUUCAGAUGUCGCUAGUAGCGUCAUCUGGUACAAGGGCAACGAUAUGGGCAGCCAGCAGUUCUGGGUUAAACAGAUGAAGAGUUUUUUGGAAGCUUACAAACGAGACAAUAAGAAAGUUGGAGCGGGACGCAACACACACACGUGCGACAAACAGCCACCUCCACCAGGAAAGGUAUGCGACGUGGACAUAAACGCCCCAGCCUGGUUCCCCUGCGUCGAGUCCAACAACUUCGCCUACAACAAGUCGACUCCCUGCGUCUUCCUCAAGCUUAACAAGAUCUACGGCUGGAAGCCGAACUACUACAACAGCUCUGACCAUCUGCCCAAAGACAUGCCUGAAGACCUGAAGAGCCAUAUUAGAAAUAUGACAGCUUUUGAUAAACAAAAUCUCAACAUGGUGUGGGUGUCCUGCCAGGGCGAGAAUCCAGCAGACCGGGAGAACAUAGGCCCCAUCCAGUACCUGCCCAAGCGAGGGUUCCCGGGAUACUACUUCCCUUACACUAAUCAAGAUGGCUACCUCAGCCCGCUGGUAGCUGUCCACUUCAUGAGGCCAAAGACCGGCACGCUGAUCAACGUGGAGUGCCGUGCGUGGGCGCACAACAUCAAGUACGACCGCCACGAGGGCAUGGGCUCCGUGCACAUCGAGAUCAUGAUCGAGUAACUUCACACCUUUACAAUAAAGCCUGCCCAGCACACGUAGCCGAAUGGCAUUUCUCCGACGCCAAACGAAAUCGAAACGUAGUCCGGCUCUGUCGCGCUAAUACGCAAGAGCGAUAGGGAUAGAUAUCUACUAGCGUUUCGUUUCGUGAGCGUUUGUGCCAUUCGGCUACGCACCCAUGCAGCACACGUAGCCGAAUGGCAUUUCUGCGACGCGAAAUGCCACCGAAACUCCGCAGAAAUGCGGUCUAGCUCUGUCGCCCAAUACGCAAGAGCGAUAGAUAUAGAUAGCUACGAAAGAGAUAUUAUCGUGAGCGUUUGUGCAUUCGGCUACGCACACUGGCAGGCAAGCACGGUCGAGUGAUAAACGAUGUAACGUCUGCCCGUCCUUUUCGCACUAUUCGUAAGUGCGAUAGGGACGCACAUAUGCGAUAAAGUUUAUCCAACUAGUGUGCUGCGCCUGCAAACACUACGAGCCAUGUUGACAAAUUUCAUUGGGACUAUUUUCUUCUGGACUGUCACCCCAUACACCAGAAUAACAGCGACCUUUUGACAAUCAUAAAUUUCUGGUCAGGUUUUAAUUCUAAAAUACCACACUGAGAGAAAUUUUCAUUGUGAAUUUAACAAGUUCGACUUGUUGCGGUUUAUCCGUUUGAAUCAGCCAAACGUAUGUU